CUUUGCUACGGGGACAUAUCUUCAGUGCCUAUCAUUGUAUGGUGGAUCCGGUCCAUAGACAACAAGUAGAAACGAUCAUCACAAAUAAAGGGACUUCUUGUCGUUUCGUUACGACUCAACUAGGCCGGUACGUAAAGGCUAUAAAACACUGAGGAAAAUAUCCACGUACACCGUUCAUAGCGCAUACAGAUCAAGGAUGGGGAAAAUCCUCAGGUAGCCUAUGAUGUACAGCCAAGAUCACAACGGAGAGGUCGGUUACAUAUUCCCGGUCUCCACUACUGCUGCAUUCGACUACAGGUCUACGCAUGCGCACCAUCAAACCGUGUCUGUCAUCAGUCCAACGAGUAGCACCGGAGAACCGUUUCCAGCUGCAGUGAAAAGGGUUGCAGUCAUUAUGUUGCCUGUAUAACGGAUUUCUCUUUUCGGCCGUUAUGUUAACUAGUCUUAUAUAGGAACAUAACCGCGGAUAUAUAUAAAAAUAUAUAUUAGAGUUUUGGGUAGCCGAAACUGUGGAACUAUUAAGAUUGCAUGACCUUGUACUGAGUGUCACAAUAUAAGGACCGUGUAUAGCCCUAUCUGUCGACACGGGGAACUCCGAUACUGGCCUGCAAAGAUGGAGCUCACCACACAUCUGAUAAAUGAUACCAUUAAUUUAUAUAAAUGGGCCCUUACCAUCGCAGACAAACGAGUGGAGAAAUGGCCCCUGAUGGACAACCCCCUCCCAACGCUGGCCAUCAGUUCAUCCUACCUGCUGUUCCUGUGGCUGGGGCCCAAGUACAUGCAGAACAGAGAACCCUUCCAGCUCAAGAAGACACUCAUCCUCUACAACUUCAGCAUGGUCGUCUUCAACUUCUUCAUCUGCAAAGAGCUCUUCCUGGCGGCUCGGGCGGCCGGAUACAGCUACAUCUGCCAGUCUGUUGACUACUCAGACGACCCCAAUGAAGUCCGGAUAGCAGCAGCCUUGUGGUGGUAUUUCAUCUCUAAAGGAGUAGAGUACCUGGACACGGUGUUCUUCAUCCUGAGGAAGAAGUUUAACCAGGUCAGCUUCCUACACGUCUACCACCACUGUACCAUGUUCACUCUCUGGUGGAUCGGCAUCAAGUGGGUCGCUGGCGGACAGUCAUUCUUUGGUGCACACAUGAACGCAGCCAUCCAUGUCCUGAUGUAUCUGUACUAUGGUCUGGCCUCCUUUGGACCCAAGAUCCAGAAGUACCUGUGGUGGAAGAAGUACCUGACUGUCAUACAGAUGGUAAGAGAUCCGUUUACAGUAACUUGAUUCAGAUGGAUUUACAGUUAAGUCAGUCUAACUUGAUUCAGAUGGAUUUACAGUAACUUGAUUCAGAUGGAUUUACAGUAACUUGAUUCAGAUGGAUUUACAGUAACUUGAUUCAGAUGGAUUUACAGUUAAGUCAGUCUAACUUGAUUCAGAUGGAUUUACAAUAAGUCAGUCUAAUUUGAUUCAGAUGGAUUUACAGUAAGCCAGUCUAACUUGAUUCAGAUGGGUUUACAGUAAGUCAGUCUAACUUGAUUCAGAUGGAUUUACAGUUAAGUCAUUCAUGGGAUUAUGUCAUAUCAUAACUACUGGGUUGCUGGACUAUUCAGU